ACCGGCAAAGAAGCCGUUAUAAGAGUUAAAUUUGCCGUUAACCAGGAAUUUAGGUUAUAUAAGAAGUAUUAACUAGAUUGCCGCAAAUUCACCCUGCCUUCCUUUACUUGUCAAUUCCGGCCGACACCAACAAUUCCACGCCGGAAAAAGAUGGAUUUGGUGGAUGUGCCAAACGAGGAUAUUACAAGUAUGAUACAAAGGGCGAUGGACGGUGAUGCUGCUCAAGUGGAUGACUAUAAGACUAAGGUUGAUGAGCUGUUUGCGAAGGUUGACAAUCUCGAGCAAAGAGUGAAUGAAGUUGAACAAUUUUACUCGAAUACAAAACUAAACGAAUCCAACACUUCUAGCAAUGCUUUAACUACAAAGGAUAAAGAAAAAGAGAAACAUGUUCCCAGCAUGAAAAAGCUGCAUCAGGAUGCUUCUCGUAGAGAGGCUGCUGCUGCUAAGAGAAUGCAAGAGCUUAUCCGCAACUUUGGGAGUAUAUUUCGUCAGAUGACACAGCACAAGUGGGCGUGGCCCUUUAUGCAGCCAGUAGAUGUUCAAGGACUUGGGUUGCAAGACUACUAUAAGAUUAUUGACAGGCCAAUGGACUUCAGUACAAUAAAAAACCAAAUGGAAGGCAAGGAUGGUACCGGAUACAAGCAUGUCCGCGAGAUAUGUUCUGACGUACGGUUGGUUUUUAAAAAUGCAAUGAAGUACAAUGACGAAAAGAGUGAUGUUCAUGUUAUGGCGAAAACAUUACUGGAAAAAUUCGAAGAGAAGUGGCUGCAGAUUUUGCCGAAAGUUACCGAAGAGGAAGAAAGACGAGAAAAGGAGGAAGCCGAAGCACAAAUAAACAUUCAGCUUGCUCAGGAGGCAGCUCAUGCGAAAUUGGCCCGGGAUUUAAAUAAUGAGCUUUAUGACAUUGAUAUGCAUAUAGAAGAGCUCAGAGAAACGGUGGUUCAAAAGUGCAGGCGAAUAUCUACAUCGGAGAAAAGAAAGCUAGGUGUUGCUCUCUCCAAACUAUGUCCUGAAGAUCUUAAUAAAGCUCUGGAGAUAGUAGCUCAAAAUAAUCCGACCUUCGAAGCUACAGCUGAAGAAGUUGAGCUCGACAUAAACGCUCAGAGUGAAUCGACAUUGUGGAGGUUGAAGUUUUUCGUGAAGGAUGUGUUAAAGGGUGGGUGUAAGAAUUCGAGCAAGGAAGAAGACAAAAACAACAUAACUUGUGAAGAUGCUACUAACAUAGACGAUAAUAACAUCGUCUCGAAACGUAAACGAGAGAUAUGUGAUGCUCUUGCUAAGACCGCGAAAAGACGGAAGAAGAAGCCUAUUCGCACUUGAGGAUAAAAAGUGUUAUUUUGGUUAAACGUCGUAAUUUUUACUGGUCGUUUUUUGACCAUUUAUAUACGGCACUUUGACGUGUGAGAUGGAUUAUGUGGCCGAUUUUAUUCAUCUUUUUUUCUUUUUCUCUUUUAAUAGAUUUUGAUUGUUGUAAAUUGAAUUUUUAAUUUUUAGAAUUCAAUAGAUCAAUCACUGAGUUCAGUUUUUGAAUAUUUUAGCUAGAGUUGAUGAAUUUGUAAUAUUAAUCAAGAAUCAAGACUAUCAGUGAAUUUGAGAAGUGAGAUAGAACAAAAUUCAUUUCAA